UAAAAACAAGAUGCUGAAAGUUUAAGACACGCAUUUAAAAAAUUUGAUCCUAUAAAUGUCAACUCAAUAGAUAUUUUAGAAAUAGAUGAAGUGUUAAAAUAAUAUGAAUUCAAAUUUCCUCCACAUAUAGUGAAGAAAAAAAUAAUGUAAUAUUGCUAGGAAAAAAAACUCAGAAAAAUUGAUUUUCUUAAUGUUUGCUAAAUAUUUUUAAAUUUAAAAAAUGAAGAGAGGCUAUUAUAAGAAUAAGAAGAAAUAGAAUAUAUCGAUGCAUUUGUUGCUCUAGGAGGAAACUAAGAUAAAAGUGGAUUUGUUAAUAAAGAUAAAAUAAUAGAAAUAAUAAAAAAAGAAUUCGAUUUAACUAUUGAUAUAGAGGAUUUGAUAGAAAAAAGCAUUAAUUCUUAAGAAUUGAAUUUUUAAGAUUUUUGCUAAAUUUUUGAAAAUGCUGGAGAAGAGAUUAAAAGCAAAAUUUCUUUACUUUCUGGAUACUCGAAAUAAAAAUCAAGUACAAGCUUAGGCGAAAAAGGAUUUUAAGUUAAGUAUAAAGAUUUUGAAAUCUGGUUUGAUAAAAUGGAAGGAAAAAUUUGA